AUGGUGACAAAAGAAAAUCUUUCAAAUGUUAUAGAUAAAAACAAAGUUCGAAGAGCUCGUGAAAAAGCCCGUAGUUUACUAAGUAAAGCACACACUGAUUCUAAAGUAUUUAUAAAAAGCAUUUAUUUUGAUGAUAGAAAAGAGUACAUUAUAUCAAGAGAAAAAAGAUGGGCGAUUUCACCGCAGAAGGAUUUUAGAAGAGCAUAUUUCCAUAAUACCAUAAUAGAGGAACCGGAAUCGGUUUAUAUGUCCCUAGUUUCUGGCACUGGAAAAUCCAUUGCAGUGAGUAUUUAUGAGUUUUGUGUUAAAAAUAAUAUAAGCUUCGAUCAGAUUGAUUAUGAUGGCACUGGAGUAAAUACCGGCUGUAAAAAUGGUGUCAGAAGAUAUUUAGAAUUACAAAUAAAAAUACCUCUUCAGUGGUUUAUCUGUCAGUUACAUGCGAAUGAGUUACCUUUCAGACAUUUAUUUGAGCACCUAGAUGGCCGAACAACUGGUCCAUCACAAUAUAUGGGCUCAAUUGAAAAAUCACUUGAGAAUUGUGAAGUGCGAUCCGUGGUAGAUUUUAUUCCCGUUAUUGGAUUUUUGCCUGAAGUAAAUUCAGAUGAUCUAAGUACAUACCAGCGGUAUUUGAACAAAAUAUGCCAAGCUGUUUCCUUUGGACAAUACCCGCAAAAUAUAGCCAAUUCCCAACCUGGAAAAAUAUCACAUGCAAGGUGGUUGACUAAAGCAAAUCGUAUCCUUCGAUUUUAUAUGAGUUGUGAAAAACCGUCACAAAACUUAAUAAUUACCUAUUGUUGA